CAAUUUCCUUGUUUAACAAUUGCAAGUUGCCUUCCCUAAACAAAUUCCCGUUGACGGCAUCACUCCAAAUGACGACAAUCUGAAAAACACAAUGUCAUUCAUAUGCCCUCUACACCAGUAUUAUUCCUCAUAAACCCCCGAUUUGUUGACUUCUAUGGUGCAUGAUUCGAUAUAAUAAUUUUGGGUAUUGUUAAUUUUGUUACGGUUAUGGAUCCAAUGGAGCCGACCGGACAGAAGCCUACAGGAAAGGGUUCCGAGAGGGAUCGGGUCCGGUUGAAGAGGAAAACCCUGGAGGUAGUACUCCAGCAAUGCCAGGUGGCCCUCCAAGAGCUCACCGAUGUCCUAGAUGAUGAUGAUGCCGAUGGUGACCCAGAUGCGCUGCCGGACUUUGAUGAUAGCUCGUCUUCCCCCUGUUGCGAUGCCGAGACAGCUGAGUUUUGUGAUCUAUUGCAAUCUAUGGUUGAAGGCACCGAUUUUCUUGAGAAACUAGAGAACGCCCGUGCAGCACUUCCACAGAACAUGUCCGAGGAAGGCAAUUCCUGGGAUAUGGUCAGUGAAAAUGAAGUUUGGGAAGUAAGAAAUAUGGAGUCAGAUGGAGAAGAUUUUGUUUUUGUUAGGCAAGAAGAUAUAGUGGAGGGUAUAGCUUGCUUCAUGGCUGCAUAUCUGUUGUCUCUUAAACAAGCAAAGGAUGUGACUCCAAACCAACUUCAGGAAGCUCUGCGCAAGACAUUCUCUGUAAAAAAGAAUAAGGGUAAGCUGCAGAAGGCAUGGGAUGGAAGCAGAGCCAUUUACAAUGUAGCUUCCUGGGGAGCUACUGCCAUUGGGACUGAAUUUCACAAUCAUGUUGAAAAAGAACAAAAGAAGAAUAUAAAAUCGAAGAGACAAGAAGGAUAAAUGUAAGCAUUGUUUAUGAUUCACAAUCACUUUUGCCAUUCUACUGGAACUAAAUGGUUGUGAGAGACUAGUAAUUUUUUAUUUUUUAUUAUUUUUAUUUUUAUUUUUAUUUUUUUAACUUUUGACUCCGAUUCUAGAUGGAAGGUUGAGAUGUUAAUUUUUUAUGCUUGGAAAUGUUCAGCAAGCCCUUUGGGGAGUUAUACUUUGGCUUUUAUUUUCUGUAAACCUUGGCAAUGCUUUCAACAGCACAUGGUAUUUUUUUUUCAUUAUCCUUGGUUUGAGCAUGACUCCUAGUUUCACAUUCUGGAGUUCAAACUUGAAAGUCAGUUGGGAAGUGCUCGGCUUGUGUUUAGUCAUAAGGGAAGAUUAAUCGACAUAUCGCAUUUAAUCGUUCUUAACUGCUUUUGUAGAGGCUAAAAAAUAAUGAGAACGAAUAAGGAAUGCUAAAAUUGAAUAUGUGAAUGACUCUUUCUCAUUCUAUAUGAUUGGUGAGUAGCUCUUACUGAAACAAUAUCCUGAUAUUAAUGGGGUUGUGCAUUCUUUUGUUGUUUCUCUCUAUAUAUGAUAUUCCUUCUCAAUCUUCUAUAUACUUAACCUUGCCACCAUUGCUUCUUUCAAAGUUGGGUUAUCCUACCACCUCGUUAACAAUGGGGAAUUCUUACUGUUUUGACUAUCUGUUUGUGCUAUGCACG